AUGGAAGGCCAACUGCGAGAGCUUCUCCCGUUUCUUCACGAUCGAAACCCCCAAGUGCGGCAGAUUGCUCUGUCAAAUUUACUAACCCAAACACCGAAGGAUGCGCCCCAUCGCAAAAUCUUUUUCUCUGGAUCGCAAUCCGGUGGUCUACAGAAAGCAAAAGACAGUGAUGUUAUUCGAGAUCUGAAACUUUUAUGCAGGGAUAGUCUGGCAGUCGCGCACGACGCAUUUCGCGCGUUGGUAAACCUGUCCGAUUCUUCGACCCUCGCCGCCUCUCUCUCAGAGCCUUCUUUCCUCAACUUUGUUGUUUCAUACCUAGCUAAUCCCCAAGCAACUUUGGCAGAUCUUGCAGCGAUGCUCCUCUCCAAUCUGACUACGUCAGCCUCAACAUGCGCUGCGCUGUUGUCUAUGAAGAUCUCGGUUAUCGCAGACAAAUCGUCAUCGGUUUCUAUCUAUCCCACCCAGUCGCGCUCCGGAACCUGUGCAGCCCCUGUUCCAUACCCCGCAGGUGACGAGCUAAGGGUCGACGCACUACCUUUACUACUUGAUGCAUUCGUGCGCGGUGCAAAUGCAGAAUUAAUCGUAGAAAAGGAAAAACGAAGGCAGAAGGGCGAGCUACACUUCCUAUCUAGCGUCUUCGCCAAUCUGUCUACGACGUCAGGUGGUCGCAUGUUCUUCUUGACACCACGAUCAGCGGAUGCCUUGUCGCCUGGAGGCUCCUUGGAGUAUCCUUUAUCGAAACUUGUCGUCUUCACGGAGCACAAGGAUACUAUCCGUCGAGGGGGUGUUAUUUCGACGCUGAAAAACUGUACAUUUUACAAGCAAGGACACCAAGCCAUCCUGCUUCCCGAAUCCGAAUCUGUAUCUGUUCCUCCUUCGCCCGAAAAGGCACCAGGAAUCGAAGCAUUACCAUACAUAUUAUUACCCCUUGCUGGACCCGAGGAAUUUGACUUAGAGAUUCAGGAACUCCUUCCCGCAGCACUGCAAUUCCUUCCGCCCACGAAAAAACGCGAGGCUGAUCCAGCCCUCCGUCUGAUGUUGGUUGAGAUGCUAUUGCUUUUGUGUACAACGCGUUGGGGGCGCGACUAUCUGAGGGGCAACGGAGUUUACGAAGUGGUGCGCUCAUUGCAUGAGAACGAAAUGGUCGACAAGAUAUCCGAACACAUCGAGAGACUUGUAAAUCUGAUUCAUGGUGAUGAAGCUGAAGGCCCUGAGACUGCGGACGAAGGACAGAUUGAAGAAAUCGUAGAGCAUGGGAAAGACGACGAAGACGAUACGAUUGAAGAAGUAUAGAAAGCGUUCCGCUCGAAACAUUCACCAGAUGUAAGCCUCUCACGUGUAUUUUCAACACAUUGUAGCCCUUUACUUCUCGUAUAUGACCUGCAUCAUGAUCG